UGGCUGGGCCGGGUAUCAGAAAGGCGGCGUUCGAAUUUGAGAAAAAAAAAAAAAAACUGCGGCGUGUCGACUUCUUCCCCCAACCUCCAUCCUCCUCUGCUUUUGCCCACGAGUUUUCCCCAAAACCCGGGAAAUCCGCCCACCGCCCUAUCCUUCUUUUCGUUCCAUCCCCGGUCCCCAUAUUGUUUUGCUGCUCGAUGUUUUUCCCAGCCAACACGUCCGCAACCCACCGAAGAUUGGCGUUCGACCGACUACGAUAAGAGAGCUGUCUGGUGCGCAGCAGGAGCUGGAGCAGGGCGCCCGCGUGGAUCGUAGCAGAACCCACCCAGCAGCAGCCAGCCAAGCAUUCGUGGGAGUGUUGAGUGCAGUCACUCGCUACAUACCCGUGGCGGAACUUUUUUUUUUGUCUACCACACCAACCUUGAUUUGAUUGACGCGGUCACAAAUUAAACCAGCUGAUACAGCGACUACCAACGAACUCGUCGCAAGUUGGCAAUUUCAACUGCAACCCCCCGACUGAAUAGCACCACUUGUCCUCGGGUUUCUUGCGACCCUGAGAAUAACUGUGGAUAUUCCGCGACGCGGUGAAGCCCGAGUCACUUUGCUAGUCAUUGCCGCACUGUACCGUAUCAUUGCACACCACUCACGCAUCAAUCUCGUCUUCACUAGCGCUUCGAUUUGCAGCAAUUUCAUACCUGUUAACUACAUACAUCGAAACUCAUUCAACAACUUGUCGACCGCCUCCCAACCACGCCACAUUUCACCUGGCCACUUUUGCUUUUUGACUUUUUGAAAAUUCCGGUUGCUUGACACAAACGCGCACCGCCCCCCGUACGCAACUUUUUCGCGACUUACCAACGCGAUUCUUCGCUUGCAUCCAACCGAGAACACACAUUGGCCUCACGACAAUUAUUCUUUCUGCGAUCACAAAAAUCAAACUGCGCAGACACAGUCUGCUGCAUUUUUCACGAUGAACAACAUGGGGAAUAUGAACGCCAUGGGAGGCAUCGGUGGCCCCGGCGUUCCCCCUGGACCUCAGCAACCACCACAGCAAGGCACCGACAAUCGCCACGCAGUAUACCUGAACACAUAUAUCUACGACUAUCUGUUGCGCAAUGAAAUGUACGAUGCCGCUAGGGGCGUAUUGAAAAGUGGCCAACCCAUCAAUGUUGAACAAGAUCGCGAGAAUGGGCUCGGCGGCGACUCUAUGGAUACCGACUCCAAAGACGAUGUCAAUAGCAAGAAGCCCGAAGACCUCCCCGCGCCCAUACUUGGUUCCGCGACACCCGACAUCAGCUUCUUGUACGAGUGGUUCUCGAUGUUUUGGGACUUGCUGAACGCCUCCAAGGGCAAAUACGCACCGGCCCAGGUCAGCCAAUACAUUACACAUACGCAGAACCAUACACGGAUGAGACAGCAGACUCAACAAGAGAUGUUGCGGGGCAUGCGACCCGACAUGGCUGCUCAGCAGCAGCAGUUUCUGAUGAUGAACAGGCCAAAUGGAAACAUGAACAUGAUGAACAAGAACCAGAGCUUACAUCGUGGUGCCAUCGCCAACACCCAGAACCAAAUGCAGAUGCUCGCUCAACAAAAGCAAGGCCAGAUGCAACGCGAUCCUUCGGACAUGGACGGUAACCGCCAAAGACCCAGCUCCCCUAGUUCAGCUGACAAUGCUCCAUCACCCUCGAAGCGGGUGCGUCUCGACGGCGGCCCUGGGUUCAACCCGGGCCAACCCGGAAUGAUGCCGAAUGGUCGUCCUGGCGCACCAGGAAUGCCCAAUCAACAGACGUAUGCGCAGAACCUACAGCAGCACCACGGCAACCAAAUGCCUAACAAGCCCAUGCCUGGCCCCAACGCCCCCCAGGGUCAAGGCUCGCCGAUGGUUGCCUCUGGCCCCGACGGCACACAGCUCAAUGCAUUCUACAAUGCUCAAGAACCGAUGGGUGCCGCACCCAACGGCGGAAUGCGUCCCGGCGUCCCAGCCACUCAGAACGGAAGCAACCAUGCUCUUCAAGACUACCAGAUGCAGCUCAUGUUGCUAGAGCAACAGAACAAGAAGCGACUGAUGAUGGCCCGGCAAGAACAGGACGGCAUUCAAGGACAAGGUAUGGCUCGGGCCGAUGGUCCUGGCGGUCCCGGUCCUGCCGGUGGCCCCGGCGGUCCCGCAGGCGCACCGAACGGACCCCAGUUCCAAGGGGCUUCUCCCCAGGGCGCGAGGCCCGGUGCUUCUCCGAACCCGAGCGAGCAGAUGAAGCGCGCCGCUGGGCAGAUGAACAAUGGUAGCAUGGGAUCACCUCUUCCGGAAGGCGCUCAAAACCGCGAGUCCCCGAACAACCCGAUGAACUUCAUGGGUACGAAUAUGGAUCCCAACGGCGCACCGCACUUCUUCAAAGGUAUUAACAACGGCAUGGAUGCAAACAUGGCAGCCGCGCAGAUGAAUGGAGGCAUGAACCGGCCCCCUAGCUCGCACCCGGGCCAACAGCCCUUCAGCCAGAUGAAUCCUCAGCAGCAGGCCAUGAUGCGUCAACAGCAGAUGCAACAGCAGCAGCAGGGUGGUCCCAAUGGCCAGCCCAUGCCCGGGCAAUGGCAAGGUGGACCUAACGGUCAGAUGCCCGGUGGUCCUCAGGGCGGCCCGCAACAGGGACCUGUCCACGGAACGCCCCAGCAAAGGGCGAUGCCCCCGCCUUCGGCACCCACGGCCGCAGCAAACAGCAACGCGAAUCAGAGGAACACUACAGCAUCCCCGCAGGUUUCCAACGCCGCGCCGCCUACGCCAUCACAAGCUAACAAGGCAGCCCCCAAGAAGAAGGAUACCAAAGCUAAAGACAAGAAGAAGUCCAAUGCAAACCUGAAUGCCGCCGGGGGUGCUACACCCGCGGCCGACGGAGGAAACGACGGCGAGGCUCCUACCCCGGCAACUCCCAUGACGCCGAUGGCUGCCUCACAGCAAAACUUCAACAAGCCUGGGCCUGCCGCAGGGGGUGCUCCACCGCAGCAGAUGCCUAAUGGUCAACCUCCCGCCGCUGCCCCUACAGCGGCACCAGUCGCUCCUCAGCAACACAACGACCCCAACCAGUUUAACAUGGAGGGAGGCGGAAUGGACUUCAACUUGGACUUCGCUAACCCAUUGGCCUCGGGCGACGUACUUAACGAUUUCGACUUUGACUCUUUCCUGCACGAUAACGUGGAAGACACCGGAUUCGGCUUCGACGGCCCCGGCCUCAACUUCGAGGGCACCAACGAAAUUGGCGCCGACUAGAAAACCCCAAUUUGUUCUACAUGUGGUUUGUAGAGCGAAUGGGGCUGUAUAUCAGAGCACAUUCGACCAGUCAUCACAAAUCUCAUCAUACCCUUUUUAUUACUCUAGUCGUCUCAUCAGCUUGUUAGCAACUCAUGGUGUUGCGCUGUCAUUGAUAUCCGGCGUUUCACUGGGUUCGUCUUUCUGGAUUUUGUAUUCUUGUUUCUUUUAUCUCUUCCUGUUUCUUGCAUGACUUUUUUCCUGGCCGUCAUUUCCGUCUACAUCAUCUGCACGGAUUUCGUAUCGUUCGUACGGUACCAAGGAUCAUUGCGACUACUUGCGAGAGGCCUAUUGCACUUAUUUUGAGGGAAAAAAAUCAAGUCGGGGGAAAGGAGGGGGAGGUUUAGUUCCCGGUGUCUCGGUCGCUUCUUGUUGGAACGGGUCUGAUCUUGAAUGAUCAGACUCAACAUACACAAACACUCCUGCACACAUAAAAACACCACUGGGCGAUUGUGGACUUGGCUUGCUUUACUGCUUAUUAUCACUCGAGAUAUGUAGGGAAGAUCUCACUGUCCUCAAUUCUUUUUUCUCUCUUUUUUUUUUUUUUUUUCUGGCUGGUCUUCCUUUGUUUAUAUUACGAUCCUGGUCAACGUCGCCGAAAUAAUCCCAAC